AUGGACCUUAACGACCACAUCGAAUACUACAGAAUCCUCGGCCUACCAAAAGAUGCAUCACUAGAAGAGCUCGACGCACGAUACUUUGAGCUUAUAGAAUACUGGACCACAAAAGAGGGAAAAAAACACAACGUCGAAUCAGAGCUUGAACUGAAUUUCAUCGACCAAACUUACAAGGCUCUUCUGUCAAAGUUCCUGGCGGACGGACAAGAACUCGGACAGCGGGGAACACGGACAUACACUAUGAAAGAUGUUUCACAAGGCCAGGACCGGAUUGUAAGAUCUUGCCUCGACGACGGUGACAUGUGGAGCCCUCCACCUGAAGAGAGAUCUCCCUCGCUUGAGUUGGAGGAUAUUUCCGACCGGCUCAGGCGCGAACUUUCUCAGCAAGUGCUGGAGAAAGACUUGGGAAUUGAACCUGGGUUUUCAAUCAGUGAUCUGGCAGGCGAGCUCCACGAUGCACCGGACAGAGCCGUCAUCGUCCAUGCUGUCAAUUGCCAGGGAGUCUGGGGAUAUGGCGUUGCGUUGUAUCUCAAAGGAUUGUAUCCAGAGGCAUUCAGGAUAUAUGAGGCGCACUGUGAGGUUGCUAGUCGACCGUACGAUCUCACUGGGACCUGCUUACUUAUUCCUCCACAACCUUUGGACUACGAACAGGAGAUCAUGAUAAGGCUCAAGGGCACAGACAAGACCAUUCCAACAGGAGAGUCAAUAUUCAGACCGCGGCGUUGGAUCGCUUGCCUCUUCACAAGUAUUGGCUAUGGUAGACGAAAUAUGAAAACCAACAACCCAGGAAAAGACUCUAAAGAAAAAAUCAUCAACAACACCAGAAUGGCACUCGAAGACCUCCGAGUCCAGUUGGAAGCGUUUGGUCCUUCCAAUUUAAACCCCAAGACCGCCUGGAAGACCGACGGUGACAAGCCAGGUGAGAUCUGGAGUCCCAAGUUCAACAGCGGCGCGUUUGGUGUGGAUUGGGAGGACACACGCAUGCUGAUCAGCGAGGAAUUUAACGGAUUUGAGCGUCCUUGGACUGUGGUGGAGAAACACAGUAACGGCGAACAUGGGUCUUCCAUGGGAGAGGACAAGAAUGAAGUUGCCAUACGGGGAAUCCAAGGUCACAGCGAGGGGGAUUCAUGA